GCUCUGCCCCUCUGGGAAUUGCGGAUGCUUGGGUGGCACCCCCUGCUAGGCAGCUGUCCCCGUGUCCCCAGAGCUGGAAUUGUCUCACCCCCCCUGCUGGGCAGCUGUCCCUGUGUCCCCAGAGCUGUCAAACCCUGCUGGACACCCCAAAGCUCUUCCCAGGCUCCAGAUUUCCUCUCCACCCUGGUGUCACAUCCCCUGGUGGCAUCAGCGUCUUCCAUCACCUCAUUUCUGCUCCUCACCUCCCAAAAAACCCCAGCAGGAUUUUCCCAGAGCUGGAAUUGUGUCACCCCUGCUGGGCAGCUGUCCCCGUGUCCCCAGAGCUGGAAUUGUGUCACCCCUGCUGGGCAGCUGUCCCCUUGUCCCCAGAGCUGGAAUUGUGUCACCCCUGCUGGGCAGCUGUCCCCGUGUCCCCAGAGCUGUCAAACCCUGCUGAACACCCCAAAGCUGGAUGCCCCAGCUCUUCCCACCCAGCUCCUGCUUGUGUCACAUCCCCUGGUGGCACCACAUGUCCCCAGGGUCCUCCACCAGUUCAGCUCUGAGCCCAAAACCUCACCUGCCCAAAAAACCUCAGCAGGAUUUUCCCAGAGCUGGGAAUUUUGUCACCCCUGCUGGGCAGCUGUCCCCGUGUCCCCAGAGCUGUCAAACCCUGCUGGACACCCCAAAGCUCUUCCCAGGCUCCAGAUUUCCUCUCCACCCUCGUGUCACAUACCCUGGUGGCAUCAGGGUCUUCCAUCAGCUCAGCUCUGCUCUUCACCUCCCAAAAACCUCAGCAGGAUUUUCCCAGAGCUGGGAAUUGUGUCACCCCUGCUGGGCAGCUGUCCCCUUGUCCCCAGACCUCUUAAACCCUGCUGGACACCCCAAAGCUCUUCCCAGGUUCCAAAUUUUCCUCUCCACCCUGGUGUCACAUCCCCUGGUGGCAUCAGGGUCCUCCAUCAGCUCAGCCCUGCCCCUCACCUCCCAAAAACCUCAGCAGGAUUUUUCUAGAGCUGGAAUUGUCUCACCCCCUCUGCUGGGCAGCUGUCCCCUUGUCCCCAGAGCUGGGAAUUGUGUCACCCCUGCUGGGCAGCUGUCCCCGUGUCCCCAGAGCUGGAAUUGUCUCACCCCUGCUGGGCAGCUGUCCCUGUGUCCCCAGAGCUGUCAAACCUCACUGGAUGCCCCAGAGCUCUUCCCAGGCUCCAGAUUCCCUCUCCACCCUGGGGACACCCAGCUCCUGCUUGUGUCACAUCCCCUGGUGGCACCUCAUGUCCCCAGGGUCCUCCAAGCCCAGCCCUGCUCCUCAGCUGCCCAAAAUCCCCAGCAGGGUUUCCCGAGCUGCUGGAGGAGCACAGGGAGGUUCUCCAGCCCCUCCAGGUGCCCCUCCAGGCACCUCUGGGAAUUAGGAAAUAAAAAGCAAAUCCAUCCUAGUAAUACAAGAUUGAUUAGAUGCCAUAGGUGCUGGGUGCUUUUCUAGUUUGUGGUGGUUUUUCUUAAUUCCCUUAAACCAAAAUUGAUUUAUAUCCUGUAGUUCAUGUAUUUUAUAUAUUUUUUUUUCCCUGCAGUGGGCAAUGAGAAUUACUGCCACAGCUUUUUUGGCUCAGGAUAAUAUUUUUGUAAGUGUCCCCUGGACAGAUGAAUCACAUCCAGGGCCAUUCCAGGAUCUCCCUGAGGUGAUUUUCCCUCUCCAUGGACAAGCUGAGGGGUUCAGUCCAUGCUGUGCAGGGGAGAAAUGGGAAUGAGAGCCCUCGAAUGCUGAAAACCAAAACCUGCCAGCUCCUUUUCAUGGUUUGCUCUCUUCAGGCAGCUUUGGAAUGGCUUCCCCCCACUUUUUCCUGCUUGCAGCCCCUUGCUGAGGGAGGUCCCAGCUGAAAAUUCCUUCCUGGCUCAUCCCUUUGCAAAGACAUCCUGGCUUUUUAACCCAAAACUCCUGGGGCUGAAUGUUGGUCGCUCCAGAGCACUUGAAAUGUCACUUUAUGAUGAUUUUUAAAUCUUUUUUUUUCCCCCAUAAAGACCAGAGGGGGAAGGGGCUGGCGUGGCAGGGCAGGAUGUGACAGAAGGGAUGUGGAAAAAUAGAUGGAAUUGCUGGGAAAAGCACUGAGGGCUCUGAGGAUGUGUGUGAGAGGACAGAAUCAGCCCCCUCCAGGUCUCACUGUUUUUCCUUUUCCUCCUCCUCCUCCUCAGCUUGGAUGUUAACCCCCCCAGCCCUGAGCAAGGCUGUGUGGGGCCAGCUGGACCCUGCCCGAGGCCACCACUGUCCCCUCGGUGCCCCCACAGCCUCUCUGCUCCCCCUGCCCUCCCCAGGGGCCUCCCAGCCCGAAUUCCCCAAGGAAUGGAGCUGCUCCCUGCUUGCCCCAGCCCUGGAGACACCAGGACCCCUCUGGGGUCCCCCUUUUCCCCCAGGAUGGGGCUCAGGGAGUUCUGGAAACCCCCCCCUGUGCUUCCCUGGGGGUUUCCAGCCAGGCUCUGGGGUGGGCAGGAACUGUUUGGAUGCAGUCUUGGUCAGCAAAGCCCCGGGGAUGAUGAUGAUGGUGGUGAUGAUGAUGAUGGUGGUGAUGAUGAUGAUGGUGAUGAUUCCUCCUCAGACAGGACAGGGCUCUGCUGGUGAUGUAAACGAGGCCCCUCCCGUGUGCACCACGCUGCAGAAAUAAAGGAGAAAGCUCCAUGUCUGACCAAA